AUGGAUUCAAUGAGAGAAAAGGCUGAAAUUUAUGUAGGAGAAGCAGAGUGCCAAAAGAGAGCCAUCCAGCUCCUUGAUGAGUUCAAUAUCCCCAGAGGACUCCUCCCUCUCGACAACAUAGUCGAGAUCGGGUUAGUCCCAUCUGAGGGCUUCAUUUGGCUCCGGCAGAAGAAGAAGAAGGACCAUUACUUUGAGCAAAUUGGUCGGAGUGUUUCAUUUGCUGCAGAAGUCACGGCAUUCAUUGAGCCUCGUCGGAUGAGGAAGGUGACUGGAGUGAAGGCAAAGGAGCUCCUUCUCUGGAUUGGGGUCUCCGAGAUGUUGGUGGAGAACUCAAAUUCUGGGAAUAUCCAAUUUAAAACACACAGUGGAAUUUCCCGAUCUUUUCCUGUUUCAGCAUUUGUAAUCUAA